UGAAUAAUUAAACUCAUUGAUAAAUUAAGAUAACAAACUUGAGCUAAUUUAGAUAUUUAAAUUUAGCUGAAAUUGAAUCAAUUUGAAAUAAUUUCAGUUUAAAAAUGAAUCGUCUUUGUGAAAAAUAUCACAGUCAAGAUUAGCUUAAAGCCCAGAGUCUCCUCUUUCAGUGGCUCAUGUUCGUAGGUAGUACCUCCAAUCUGACUAACAAAAUUUCAUACGCACUUAUAUCAACCUGGAAAACGAAUUGAGUUAUUACAUCAGAAACAAAGCGGAGAACUUGACUGAGCAGGAUGUAGAAAAAAAAGUGGACGACAAAUUUGACACAAUCUUAAAUCUGAUCGACGAGUACCGGAAAGCGCAUGUCCGCAUAGUUGCAAAUGCACUCGUCCCGAAACUGAAAGAGCAUAUGCACAAAACCGUAAUUCAGGCCAGCGCGAAACUGAAUGCGAAACUGGAUAAAUACAGAAAUGAGAGAGCGUGCGGAGCGAUCAAUUCGUAUUAAAUGCCAUUGAUUUGGGAUUGAGAGUUGUAACCUUGAACGAAGAAAUGAAAGCACGUCAGAAAAAAAAAGGAAAGAAACACUCCAUCACGGACAUCACAAAACCACGUAUGACGACCGUGAAAGGAGUUGAUGGACUUAUAGCCCACUGGUUGAUGCGAAUACAAAAUGUUGUUCCGCUUCAGGGAUCGCGGAGCGGAGCGGAGGUGGAGGCCCGGAGGCCCCCGGAGGGUACCCUUUUUUUGCCUUGCUCCGGGAGCAGGAGCCGGAGCAAGAGGUACUUGAAAUUUUUCUACUGGAGCCGGAGGUGGAGGCGGAGGCACUUACAAAAAACCCCGGAGCCGGAGCUGGAGCCGGAGGUAUUUUUUUUCAAAUAGCCGGAGGGGAAGGCUCUAACCCCCCCCCCCUUCGACCUCCGGAGGCGGAGCUGGAGGGCAUGAGUCCCCUGGAGGAUACCCUUUUUUAGGCCUUGCUCCGGGAGCCGGAGCCGGAGCAAGAGGUACUAGAAAUUUUUCAAGUGGAGCCGGAGGUGGAGGUGGAGGUACUCAUAAAAAAUGUCCGGAGCCGGAGGUAUUUUUUUCCCAAAUUUGGGAGCCGGAGCUGGAGGUGGAGGCACUGACACCCCCCCUCCGCGAUCCCUUUUCGGAGACUAGCAAGUAAGAAAUUACCUAGGCAUUACUUUUUUGAGAUAAAAAUAUGAAGAAAAACAUCGUUAUUCAUCCUUAUAAAAGAGAGUCGAUUGCAGAAAAAAAUAAGAGGAAAGGACUGGAAAUUAAAUUAAUUAUUCAUCUGUACCUAUUUAUAAUGAAGCCAUGAGAACUUAGAGAGCUUAUAAGAUAAAUAUUGAUGUUGAAACUGAACUACGUAUUAAAUUCUACAAAUAAGUAUAGAUAAGCGAAGAUAAAAAACGUGGGCAAAUUUAAGUAUUUUUUAGCUCAAAUCGAAUCAAUUUGAAAUGAUUUCAGUUUAAAAGCGAAUCGUCCAAGUGAAACAUAUCACAGUCAAGAUAGCUAAAGCCCCGAUAGAAUGAGUUCCAAAAAAUGGCGGAGUUUUAUCUUGUCGUUUGUUCGUUGAGUCUACUGUUCCACCGGGUCAUGUUCGUAAAUAGUUCCUCCAAUGAGACCAACCUAAUUUUAAAUGCUACUAAUACCAACUUGAAAAGCGAAUUCAUAAAUGACUUCAAAACUGUAUUGAACAACUUGACUAAGGCGGAACUGCUGCAUGCAAAACUGGAUCCGAGAUUUGAUGAAUUUACAAGUCGGAUGGCGAGUCUACUGCUUCACUGGAUCAGGUUAGUACGAAUAAAAAAGUACUCCAUUGGGACCAACGAAACUAUGAAAGCAUCUACCAACAUCAUAAAUGAAUUGAAAAAUGAUAUCAAAAACGAAUUCAAGAAACUGGAUACAAUCACAAAACGGAUCAUGUUGAAUUUGAUUGCGAAUCUGAGUGCAAAACUGCGUGCCUGGCGUGCGAAAAAACGCGUGGCCAAAUUGCGUAAGCUGCGUAAGCGGUUCAAGCCGAUAGAGUGCCAAGGUUGGAAUAAUAUUUUCGUAGAUCGUGCCCUUGAUUUUGGAGACAAAACUAUACUUGUAAUCGAGAAUGAAAGGAUGAAAGAGCGAAAGAAAAAAAAAGGAAAGAAUCACGCGAUCACGGAUAUUCUAGCACCGCGUAUGACAACCACGAAAGGAGUAAAUGAACUUCAAGCAGAUUUAUUAGAUGGAUUUCGAAAUCAUGUUCCUUAUGCUCACUCGAAACGUUUUUUGAACGAUCCUGGCAUUUUCGAUUCGUUGUUUCGAGAAUUGAAUUCCUCGAUUAACGAUGGAUUGAGAUGUGACCGCGAGCUGCUUUAUACAUUCCUCCAUGCUGAGUCGGUAAAUGAAGUCCGGCGCAUGUUGCAGCAGUAUUCUUAUUUCUGUCUGGAUUACGAAAACAACCGGACCAAGAUAUCUCGAGAACAUGGAAUUCGUGAAACAAGGCAGCAGAUCUAUAAACUUAUGGUUCAAAAUGAGUUUUUUUCAAAACUAUUUUCGCAAGUGAGGCGCAACUUCCUCCAGUCCAGAGCCAAGUUGGUCAGUAAAUUUCAUGUUUAAAUUUUUAUAUUUCAUUUUGUAACACAAAAAAUCAAAAGGAAAAAAUAUAUAUCUAUUAAAUUUUU